AUGUUCCCCGCGAGCCAACCCGUCAACCCCGUGCCUUGGCUACAAUCGGACAGCUGCCGCCCCGUCAGCGCCAAGUCGCAGCCAGGUGGGCGCACCCCGACAGACAUGGUGUUAUCCAAGACCAUGGAUGUUGGCACCUGGUACUACCCCGAACGGCCGUCGGAGCUGAUGCCCCAAGCUCCUAAACCAUCUAAUUCCCCCUGGAUCUGCCACCAGGUCAUUCAACCUAUCUUAAGCUAA